UUUCGAAAUUAAUCUUUAUACGUUGGCACAACUUGUUUAGUACUCUUAUUAUUUUUUUUUUUCCCCAAUUGUACAUAUAUAUGAUCAGAGUGUGAAUUUUCACUAGAAGUAUCUAUAAUGUUUUGCAAAAAUAUUGAGUAAAGAUCAGUAUGACACGUAAGUGUGUGCUAUGUAAAGAGACAAAUUAUAAAAAUACUUAUAGUUUCUUCUCAGCUCCAAAGGAUCCAGAAACACGUAGAAAAUGGCAAGCUGCAAUUGCUAUAGAAAAUUAUUCUGUAAGCGAUGAUACAUAUGUUUGUAGUAAACAUUUUCAUAAAAGUGAUAUUAUCACACAUUGGGUUAGCGGAGUACCACCACAUGUUAUUACUAUAAAGUAUAAAAAAUGUAGAUUAAGACCAGGUGCAGUACCUGGUAGAAAUAUUCAUCUUCAGUCAAAAAAUAACGAAGCCAAUGAAAAAAAUCAUUCCGAUUUGUAUGGUUUAAAUGAUUUUUUAACAUUUCGUAAUAAUUUGGUGCAAAAUAUUGAUAAUAAAAAAGAGAAUUUUCUUAUACCUAAAAAGGACCAAAUUUCAAAUGCAGAAAAAGAAUGUCUUGAAUUUAUAAAUCAUGAAUAUGCACAUGAAAAUACUAAUCGAUCAACAAAGAUGCAAUCUUCAAAGGAUGAAUCAAAUAUAAACAUGUCUGUUGAUGAUUCUAAAACACAAUUAAGACUGUCUUCUAAUAGAAAUAAUAAACAUGAAAAAAUAAUGCUUACAAGUAAUUACAAUAAUUUUGAAGUAAGUAUUGAAGCAGAUAAUAAUAUAGAAAAAACAAGGCAAAAAGAAAACAAUAAUUAUAAUCAACUCUCUGAAACAAAACUUGAAAGAAGUAAAAAUAAUUCUUCAAAUAUAUUCAGUUAUUCUGAAGAGGAUGAAACAUCGGCAGAUAUGUGGGAACAUGCAGAAGUUAAAAGCAAAACUUAUAUCAUGGAAAAAUGUAUAGAUAAUACUCUACAGAAGAAUAGAAAUUUAUAUAUGAAAAAUCAAACAUUAAAUAUUGUAAAUGAUCGUUUGAAUAGAUAUAACGACUGUGUAUAUGAUGAAAUACGAGAACAUGAAAUCUUGUUUGAAGAUUUACUGGAAAUGUGUUUCGAAAUUGCCUUACCAAGAGGUUGGUCGUGUAAUGUAACUUCUGAAGGACAUGCUACAACAAUAGUAUAUCUGAGCAUGGGAAUGACAAAAACUGGUAUGCCUUUUUUGGAAAAACAAGUAUUUGUAAAAACUGAUAUGAUAUUACGGUGUAGUGCUUUAAAUCAAGAAAUUGAUCCGAUAAUGUAUAAUCUUAUAAAAGAAGGUAAAGAUAAUAAAGUGCAAUGCUUGUUAGAUAUUGAGGAACUAAUAGAUGAAUUUGACAUAAGAAUUAUUUGCGAAGGCAUAACUGAAAAUUUUCAAGAAUAUAAUUGUCCUAAAAUAGCCUGUAAAGAUGGUAUACGAUGGAGACAUAUACUAUGCCCGCUCAUUAUAAAUAACGAUUCUAUGAGAUGUUCCAAAUGCAGCAUGUUAUCUCAUUUGAUAAGACGUAGAUCUAAAGAGUCUGUAUCUUAUAAUUCCAAUUUUACUUUAAGAGAACAAAGAAAAAUGUAUACACGCCAAAGAAACAUCAGACAUGCAAAAGAGCAUUACACGAAAUAAAAAUGUUAAUAUUUAAAAAAGGUCUUGUACCUGGUUACAUGAAGAUAAAAUAAUUAUUUAAUAAUUGUGUCAACUGAAGUACUCCACUUUGGAUAAGUGAGUCUAAUUCUUGCUGGACAUCUCGUACUAUAGUAGCAUCGGGGAAUAAAUCCAUAAACCGAUAACUGCAUUAAAAAAUAUGAGUUGAA